ACUAGUGGUUUCCUAAGUCACCUCCUCCAGGGCACAACAUAUACUUAAAACAGGGAGUGUUUUUAAUACACACAGACCAAGAUCAGACAUCCUCCGUGGCUGUGUCUGCACCAUGAGAAACAGAUGUCUAAGGCUGCUGCCAGAACUGUCAGUGCUGCUGAUGUUGCCUCAGGUUGCUGCAGCCCUGAAAGAUACAGCCUGCAUUCGAUGGUGCCCUCCGAACCCUCCAUGUGUCAAUGCCCAUGCCUGUCACUGUGCUCCGGGAUUCAGCUCUGCAUCUCCUGACGUCUUCACCGGCCACUUGGAGAGUUGUUAUAACAUCAAGGAAUGUGGACCAUACUCAAGAGUGUCUUGUGGAGUAUAUUUAGACUGUAAGGACUUCAUGGAGAGUUACUGUAUGUGCAACCCAGGCUACAGACCUGUUUCUGAGGCAAUGUUCAACAUUGAUCCCCACAAACCAUGUGAUGGACUCAUUUUGCAGCUGUUUUUGACAUUGACUGCCGCAGAGGAAAACCUGAUAGCCUCUGCCCCCACAGCCUCUGUCUCCAAAGACUGUGCUCUAUGGUGCCCCCUGCACUCCACAUGUGUCAAUGCUACUGCCUGUCGCUGUCUUCCGGGAUUCAGCUCUUCAUCUGGGGAGAUCAUCACUGACCUCUUGGAGACUUGCGAUGACAUCAACGAGUGUGGACCACCCUUGUCAGUUUCCUGUGGAAAAUUGGCAGUGUGCCAGAACAUGGAGGGGAGCUACUACUGCAUGUGCACCCCAGGAUACAGGCUUGUUUCUGGAGCAAUGAAUUUCAGUCAUGAGAGUCAGAACACAUGUCAAGACAUCAAUGAAUGUGAACCAUCCUCAAUGGUAUCCUGUGGAAAAUUUGCCAACUGCCAGAACACAGAGGGGAGCUAUUACUGCAGGUGCAACUCAGGAUAUAGGCUUCAUUCUGGGGCAACAGUGUUCCGGAAUGAAAAUGAGAACACAUGUCAAGCUCACCACAUGAGGACAACGCAGAUGAUGAGGACCCAGAAGAAUGUUGGGUCAGGUCUGGGCAGGAUGACAUGGACCCAACCACACACACGCAAACUUGAAGAGUCACAUAAAUGGAAGAAGUUACCGUCUGAACCAGGCUACAACAGAGGGCACCAUCGGGGACAACUGCCUCACUCAUGGGGGUACACAGGAGCAUCCUUCCCCAACUGGACUACACCCCCUAGAAUCAACAGCAAGAGCUAUUCCCGAUUCUUAAAAGAAAUUGAUGAUUUGGGCAGAGACUUCACAUCAUCCUCAGCUAUGGACACCAUCCAGAACAUCGUACAGGUGGUUGACAGCCUACUGGAGAACCCCGAAGACCUGAAGACCUGUUCCCUCUCAGAGCAGCACUCUGUGGCCACUAACCUGCUCUUCAACAUGGAGCAUGUCUUGAGAGAACUGAGCAAGUCCCCACCCAAUGAGUCACUGGCCUUUAAUGCAGCAGGAGGCACAGAACUGUCCCUGAAGGUAAAGGAGCAAGGACAAAGGAAUGUCAGCUUGAGUGUCAAUAAAGCAAAGAUGCUGCUGAACUGGGAUACAGUUCAGGAAUCUGGGGAUGCAGGCCCUUCUGUGGUGGGCCUUAUCUCUACUCCAGGGAUGGGCAAGUUGCUGGCAGGGGCCCCCCUUGUGCUGGAAACUGAGGGACCAGAAGUUCUGCAUGAGACACACACAGGCUUGCUGCAGGGGGUCUCCCCAGUCCUGCUCUCAGAUGUCAUCUCUGUCUUUGUGAGCAACAACAACACCCAGAACCUCAGCUCCCCAGUCACCUUUGUCUUUGAGCAUUCAGUGACCCCUGGGCCAAGGCAACAGGUGCUCUGUGUCUUCUGGGAGCAUGGCCAGAAUGGAAGCGGUUAUUGGUCCACCAAAGGUUGCAGGAUGGUGGGCUCCAGAGACACCAGCACCACCUGCCAAUGCACCCACCUCAGCAGCUUUGUGGUCCUCAUGGCCCAGUAUGACGUGCAGGAGGAGGAUCCCGUCCUGGCUGUGAUCACCCACAUAGGGCUGAGCCUCUCUCUGCUGUGCCUCCUCCUGGCAGCCCUCACCUUCCUGCUGUGCAAAGCCAUCCAGAACACCAGCACCUCCCUCCACUUGCAGCUCUGCAUCUGCCUCUUCCUGGCCCACAUGCUCUUCCUCACGGCCAUUGACAGAACAGAGAUUAAGGUGCUGUGCGCCAUCAUCGCGGGUGCCUUACACUACCUCUACCUGGCCUCCUUCACCUGGAUGCUGCUUGAGGGCCUGCACCUCUUCCUCACUGCACGCAACCUGAUGGUGGUCAACUACUCCAGCGUGAGCAGAUUCAUGAAGAAGUUCAUGUUCCUUGUGGGCUAUGGAGUCCCGGCUGUCAUUGUGGCCAUUUCUGCAGCAUCCAGGCCUCAACUUUAUGGAGCAUCUGCCCGAUGCUGGCUCCACACACAACAGGGAUUUGUAUGGACUUUCCUUGGCCCCAUCUGCAUCAUCAUCUCUAUUAACUGGGCUUUCUUUCUGAUGACCAUCUGGAUUGUGAAAAACAAGCUCUCCUCCCUCAACAAGGAUGUGUCCACCCUCCAGAACACGAGGAUGCUGACAUUUAAAGCAAUGGCCCAGCUCUUCAUCUUGGGCUGCACGUGGUGUCUGGGAGUCCUGCAGCUGGGCUCAGCUGCCCGUGCCAUGGCCUAUCUCUUCACCAUCAUCAACAGCCUGCAGGGCGUCUUCAUCUUCCUGGUGUACUGUCUCCUCAGCCAGCAGGUCCAGGAGCAAUACAGACAGUGGUUGAAAGGCAUCAAGAAAACCAAAGCAGACUCUGGGAAGUACACCCUCUCCAGCAUGGCCAUGUCUGAAGCUUCCAAAGACAAUGUGGAGAAUAAAUUUAACAACUAAACCAGAUGAUCCUGUCUCUUGGAAAAUGAAGAAAACACUGAACCAUCAACCUUUGGGCAAAGAGUAUAGAAAAUACUUUUGUGUCUGUUACAAGUCACUGAUCCUGGCACCAUUGUGGGAGAGAGCAUGCAUGAAAUGUUUGACAUUCAAUUGCUACAGAAUUGGGGUUUUGGAUCCACACCACAUGCUCAGCUCACUCCCAGAACAGUCAGGGAGCUAUGACCCAGAUCUUUGGUUGUCUUGGGCUAAGCUCUGCACUUCAACCUGUUUUUCUACAAAAAUGUCCCUCAGGCAUAACAAGGAAAACCAUCCUCAAACAUCUUUCUUAUAACAGCAAAAAAAAGGAAACUAAUGCUCAGUCAAAUAUCUGUAUUUGGUCUCCAUACCUACAUGCCCUGACUUUUUCACUCUUCAUGUCUAGAGACUUACUGAUUUUUCACUCAAAAAGUAGUUUUCUUAUUCACCAUUUGCUUCACAGAGAUCUCAGUUCCUGAUUUCACAGAGCUUAUAUGUAAAAAAAAAGUUAGAGUAAAAUCAAUAGAGUCCAUAUAUCCUUACAUUUUACAAAUGGAGCUCUGGAAAAGGUGUAUAUUCCUACAGCACAUCAUGUAAGAUGUAUUUAUACAUAUCAUUUCAUCCAAAGCAUGUGAUCUAGGCAAGAUCUACUUCCAGAGCAAUUACACCUGAAAGAAAUUUCCUGUGGGUUUCCACAGAACACAUUUGCAUAAUUUGAACACCACAGAAAAUGACUGUAAAUGGUUAUGACAUUAAAAACAUUCAUGAGUCCAUAGUGAUACCUAAAACUAUCAGCCAAUAAUUGUAAAAGACAAGAUAGAAGUAGAAAUUCAUGAUUUUUCAAUACUGAGUAAAUGGCACUAAAUACAAUGAGAAAAGCUAUCGGAGAACAGACUAGUCCACACUGCCAAAACAACCACCUCACAGAUUACUGAUUACAAGGGCCAAAGUGCACAUUUACUAUAAGAAGAUCUGAACUUAGUGAUCAGCUUUAUAUUGUCAAUAAUGGGAAACCUGACUUUAUGGAUCUCCUGAUAAGAUGUGAAGUUCCAACAUCCCAUGGGUUGUAAAUAAUGAAUUAUGUGCAAAUCAGUCUACCCUAAGUCUAACCCAGCCUUUAGAUCGAGGGUUGGAAAACUAUAACAUGCAGGCUAAAUCUGGGCAUCUGCCUGCUUUUGUAAAUAAAGUUUUAUUGGAACACA